AUGGAUUCUUCUGUAAUCCACCCUUCAAUAGUCAAUAUUGGCACAAAUUCAUACCUCCUCGGACAUGGCGUGUCCACGAACAUUAAUGGUGAAACUACUGAAGGCCAGGUGCCGCUAACCAUUCUUUCUGUCGAUGUGGGUAAUGAUCAAAUCACCCAAUCAUGGUUGGAUUCUAAAUGGGAAGAAUUCUCGAGGAAAGAUGAUGUAUGGUGUGACAUUUUUGCACGUAAUGUUUUGGCGCAAGAGUCUCCUGGAGUGUUGCGCCUCAUAGCCAAUGCUGGUCAAUCACAGAUCCUCACAUUGAGAUCGUUCGAAUGCGAAGGAGAUCUUCCUGAAGGUCCUUAUAUUCUGAGUGGUUCAAAAAUUUAUAGAAUUUAUAAAUUGUACUCAGACCCUCUCGGUGCAUUUGUUUGUGGCGUUAUGCCAACUGCUCCAGGUAGCAAUCGCUACCAAAGAACACUUAUGAAUUAUAUUCCAGUUCCAUCUCGACUUUACUCUUCGCCAUCAAAUCUUCGGCCACUCUUAGGUAAACGCAUAGCAGUGAAAGAUAUAAUUGACCUUGAAGGUGUCAAAACUACUGUCUGCAGCAAAGCAUACGAAGCCCUUCGAGAUGUAUCAAGCACCACGGCUCCAUCAAUUCAGAGACUCAUCGAUGAAGGAGCUGUGAUCAUCGGAAAAGUCAAGACAACUCCUUUUUCAUCUGGAAUGGGCCCAAGAGAUUGGGUAGAUUAUCAAGCGCCAUUUAAUCCUCGGGGUUGUGGUUAUCUAGACACUUCAUGUAGCAGUGCGGGAAGUGGAGCUGCACUUGCUGGAUAUGAGUGGUUGGACUUUACUAUUGGCUCAGAUUCACUCGGAAGUAUGGUCAGCCCCGCGGCUGAUAAUGGACUCUUUGGUAUCAGGCCCACUCACGGUCGUAUCUCUUGCGAGGGUCUUGUUCCGGUUUCAUCACAUCUCGAUACACCUGGCAUUUUCAGUCGGGACAUAUCGGAUUUUGGUGCUGCCACGAAGUUAUGGCUCGGUCCAUCUGAUGAUUCUGAUCCAAACCCUUCCUCUGUGAUGCCUACGAAGUUAACGAUCUUGUCGGAAAGAUACGAAAACUUAGCUCCAGAGAUGAAAAAGGUUAUGGAAGAUUUCAUACAAGAUUUCGAGAAGGCCACCCAGCUUCAGCGCACAACCACCACCAUGAAUGAGCUGUGGAAGUCACACGCACCUGAAGAUUCGUCUGAAAAGACCUUUGCGGAGACAUUCCAAACAACAUUGGCACAUAUUCAACUUUAUGGACACUACAACAAUACCAUCCCAUUCCGAGAAGAUUACAAGAGAAGAUUUGGCACAGAGCCGUAUGCAGAGCCAUUGCUCCGCUAUAAAUGGGAUCUCGGUGCGAAGCUAACACAAGAUCAACUCACCACAGCAUUGGAAGAGAAAGAACUGUUUUCCAAUUUUAUGAAAGAGCAUCUUUUCAAUGAUGGUGGAGUCAUGCUAUUGCCUUGUGCCCUACCAGAUAUCCCUUAUCGUGAUGGGUAUUUUGGUUCUGUAGAGGAAUCCGGCGCGCCGUGGCAAGGAUUUAACGUUCCUAUCACUGUAUUUUCAUCACUUGGUGGUGGGCCAGCAGUAUCAAUUCCUGUGGGACAACGUCUAUACGAUUCGAAAGUUACCGGAGCCAAGGAAUAUCAACCGGUUGGCUUGAUGCUAUUAGGUGCUCCAGGAACGGAUGAGUAUCUUAUCGACCUGUUGAAACAUGUCCUGGUGGCCUCUCAUCGACCGCUCAGUGUCAAGACGGGCAAGUUUGCAUUUUGA